AUGCGCUUCAAGGCAUCAAUACAGAAUAUCUCCACAUUUACAAAGCUCACAGCGUCCCUCAAUUCUCUUGGUCCUCUGGCCUGGGUGAAGCUCAGCGACGACCAAGUAUGCUUCACGAUUAUCCCAGAACAGGGCACACAGGUGUGGGCUGUUCUUUCCAUUGAUACGAUAUUCGAGACAUAUACAGUCCAGUCUGCCGCGAACAAUGUGAUAAACCUCGAGGUGCCCCUUACCUCACUGAAUCGCGCUCUCAAAUCAGCCACAAAUGCUACGUCUGCCCAGAUACGCCUGACGAAGAAGGACAAUAUGCCAUUGCUUGCUCUCACUAUCGUCACAGCCUCCUCUUCGAAUUCGUAUAGCGCUUUCCCCACAACAAGCUCCGGAAUCGAUGGAGGAUUCGGUGCAACACCCUCGGAGGAGUUUGGUGCAAACAAUCGAGAAACAAUCAUUACGCAAGAAAUCCCUGUGAGGGUGUUGGCACCAGAUACUGUGGCUGGACUACACGAGCCUCAAUGUCGAGAGCCUGAUGUACACAUCAUCCUACCACCUUUAUUGCAAUUAAAGAGCGUUAGCGAUAGGUUCACCAAGCUCGCCUUGGUCGGAGCCAAGUCUGGCCCUGGAACAGUUACCUCGAGGACAAGGCUCGAGAUGGCUGCUAACAUGCACGGAUGCCUCAAGAUGGCUAUGAAGACUGACUCGAUGAACAUAUCAUCAGUAUGGACCGAUUUGAGCAAUCCCGAGUUGGAUCCCAGUCAAGUGGCUGGUGGAGAAAUAGGCAUUUCUGAGCACCCUAGCACCCGUAUGAAAGAACUAGGAACGGCCGACGGGCGCAGCGAAGAGGGUUGGGCAACAGUUCGAAUUGAUGCUAGGGAUUGGGGCAAGGUUAUGAGCGUGGGACGGUUAGGUGGGAGGGUGAUCGCGUGUUUCUGCGAUGAACACGCCUUAAUUCUUUACGUUUAUUUACCUAGCGAUAAUGGCGAAGACGAAUCCGUAUUGACAUACUAUGUUAGCUCAUACAGCGCAUGA